UGGCGUAGGAAGGAUGGAUACAGAUCCAAUAAUUUCAUUGUAUCUAACCAUCCAAGUGGGAAAUCAAAUCCAGCUUCUAAUAGCUAGCCUAGCUGUUUCUUAUGUUUUUUAGGGUAGAUAGAUAGUGACGUUUCAGAUACUGUUACUAUAUAUAUAUAUGAAUCGAACAUAGAUUGAUACAUAUACACAUACACAUACAUAGAAGAAAGAAGAAGAUGGUGGAGAAGCUGCUGACGGUGCCGCCAUUUGAGUGCGCGUGGCGAGAGGAUUUGAAGUUCCGGGAAGCAGGUCGGGGUUGCGUGGCAUUCGAAGCAUUCGCCUGCAACGAUGUGACGCUGGUUUUCCGGGAGAAUGUGGGAAGCCAGGGCUACCAUUACAAGAGAGACAGCACUCCUCACUACACGAUCAUAUUGGGGAGUCAUCGAAAUCGACGCCUCAAAAUCGAGGUCAAUGGGAAAACCGUCGUUGACGCCGCCGGGGUUGGACUCUGCUGCUCCACCUCGUUUCAGAGUUAUUGGAUCAGCAUCUACGAUGGCUUGAUUAGUGUCGGUAACGGCAAAUACCCUUUUCAAGAUCUUGUUUUCCAGUGGUUGGAUUCUCAUCCCAAUUGUAAUGUUCAGUAUAUUGGACUCAGUAGCUGGGAUAAGCAUGUUAGGUAUCGAAACGUUAAUGUUCUUUCUCAUCUGCCUCAUGUUCAGGAGGAGAUGGAUUUAGAUUAUGACAAAUGGGGUCUCAAAAAUUUCCUUCAGACUUGGGACUUGUCUGACAUGUUAUUCAUUGUUGGUAAAGACCAACGACCUGUUCCUGCUCACAAGACAAUUUUAUCUGCAUCUGGAAACUUCUUUUCUUCUUCUUCCUCCUCAUCUUCCUUUGUCAUCACACUACCCUCGGUAUCUUAUCCGCUUCUCCAUGCUCUGCUUCACUACAUCUACACUGGCUGGACUCGGAUUCCACCGGAACAACUUGGUUCUUUGAGGGCUUUAAGUCUACAGUUUGAAGUCAUGCCACUGGUGAAGCAAUGUGAAGAGAUUAUGGAACGAUUUAAGCUAGAUAACAAGUUGUUUGACGGGGGCAAGGAUGUGGAGUUAACAUAUCCAUGUAUCCGACCUCAUUGUUCAACUUUGCCAUCACUCCCACUCAGCAUUCAGAGACUGAAGCAAUUGAAAGUAACGGGCCAGUACAGUGAUGUAAACAUCUACAUUGAGAGUUAUGGCCUUGUUGCUCGAGCACAUAAAAUUGUUCUCAGUUUAUGGAGUAUCCCCUUUGCUAAGAUGUUCACAAAUGGAAUGAGUGAAAGCAUGUCCUCUGACGUUACUUUACGAGAUGUGCCACCAGAAGCUUUCAAGGCUAUGCUUGACUUUUUAUAUGAUGGUCAACUGAAUGAGAAAUUCAUAGAUUCUGGUUCUUUGUUGCUCCAGCUCCUUUUAUUGGCUGAUCAAUUUGGAGUGACUUUUCUCCACCAAGAAUGUUGCAAAAUGCUCUUAGAAUGCCUCUCAGAGGACUCGUUAUUUCCACUCCUCCAAGUGGUUUCUUCAAUCCCAUCAUGUAGCCUUAUUAAAGAAACACUGCACAGGAGAAUUGCCAUGAACUUUGACUAUUGUAUCAGUGCAAGUACUGACUUUGUUAUGUUAGAUGAAACAACUUUCAUCAAUAUCAUUCAGCAUCCUGAUCUGACAGUAACAUCUGAAGAGAAAGUUCUUAAUGCAAUCCUGUUGUUUGGCAUGAAUGCAAAAGACUUGUUUGGAUGGGAAGUAGUGGAUCAGUUAAUAAUCAAUUCAACGCCAGAACUCCUUUUUGGCGGGAGGCUUCAGUUAGUUUAUGACUUGUUGCCAUAUGUGCGAUUUCCACUACUGCAAUAUUCCUUGCUUGAUAAGUUGCAGAAUAGCUACAUUGUCUGCCACAUUCCUGUUCUCCGAAGUCUUGUUAAUGAGGCUAUCAGUUUUGUUGAUUAUGGGCCAGGAAGGCCAGAAAAUGAAGAAAAUGUUAGACUCCAGCAUAGACGGUCUAGUUACAGGGAGCUCCAGUACAUUCGUGACGGGGACAACAAUGGAGUUCUGUACUUUGCAGGCACAUCCUAUGGUGAACACCAGUGGGUUAAUCCUCUUUUGGCAGAGCCAAAGAAAAUUGCGAUUACAGCCAGCAGUCCCCACUCAAGAUACACUGAUCCUAAGGUUUUGGUCUCCAGAACCUACCAGGGAACAUGUUUUGCUGGGCCUCGAUUGGAAAAUGGACAUAACUCUACCUGGUGGAUGGUUGAUCUUGGCCAAGAUCAUCAGCUUAUGUGCAACUACUAUACGCUGAGGCAGGAUGGUUCCAAGGCCUUUCCGAGAUGUUGGAAUAUUCAGGGUUCACUGGAUGGGAAGAGUUGGAAGAACUUGAGAGUCCAUGAAAAUGACUGGACAGUGUGCAAACCUGGUCAAUUUGCAUCUUGGCCCAUAACUGGCCCCAACGCACUGCUUCCCUUUCGGUAUUUUCGGGUUGUUCUCACAGGAUCCACUACUGAUGCCACCAAUCCCUGGAACUUGUGCAUUUGUUACUUGGAACUAUAUGGAUACUUCCUCUGAAAAGCACGCUUUUGGUUUGGUACUCAUAAGCAUGUCCAUACCAUACUUCCCCAAUUGCAAAUGGUUUGCUUAUUGACCAAAUUAUUUGAACAAUGUUAUCGAAAUAAACGUCAUAUUGUUUUGCUUACCAGACAAAAAGAAGUUCAAAAUUUAAUGAUUAAUUGUUUUAAAA